GUCAUUUUGAAGCAACAAGAAAUGAACUAAAGCGGCAGAAAAUAGUUAAUUAGUUAGGUGAGUGGUUAAGCUGUAUGAAUCAUAAUGCUUCGUUGUCACCCGUCCUUAACUAGGGUUACAACUAACUACGGUUAAGAUCCAAAUCUUAAUUCUUCUUUUCUCAAACACUAUAUAAAUAAAAGGGAAACAAAGAUUUCUCAGGAAACCCAAGGAAAAAAAAAGAAGAGCGUCUUAAUAAACGCUCAUCUUUCUUCUAGUUUUCUUCUUCGAUCUUCUUCAUUUUUGUUCAAUUUUUGUUUGAUAAUCAUCGAAAAUGAGAGAGUGCAUUUCAAUUCACAUUGGUCAAGCUGGUAUUCAAGUUGGAAAUGCGUGCUGGGAACUUUACUGCCUCGAGCAUGGCAUCCAGCCUGAUGGCCAAAUGCCCAGUGACAAGACUGUUGGCGGAGGAGAUGAUGCAUUCAACACCUUCUUCAGUGAAACUGGUGCUGGAAAGCAUGUCCCUCGUGCAAUUUUUGUAGAUCUUGAACCCACUGUCAUUGAUGAAGUAAGAACUGGAACAUACCGUCAACUCUUCCACCCUGAGCAACUCAUCAGCGGCAAAGAAGAUGCUGCCAACAACUUUGCCCGUGGACACUACACAAUUGGCAAAGAGAUUGUUGAUCUCUGCUUGGAUCGUAUUCGUAAGCUUGCUGACAACUGUACCGGUCUGCAAGGUUUCCUAGUCUUUAAUGCAGUUGGUGGAGGUACUGGUUCCGGAUUGGGGUCACUUCUUUUGGAACGUCUUUCAGUUGAUUAUGGAAAGAAGUCAAAGCUUGGUUUCACUGUGUACCCAUCACCCCAGGUCUCCACCUCUGUUGUUGAGCCUUACAACAGUGUCCUCUCAACCCACUCUCUCCUCGAGCACACUGAUGUUGCUGUGCUCCUCGACAAUGAGGCUAUCUAUGAUAUCUGCAGGCGCUCGCUUGACAUUGAACGCCCUACCUACACCAACCUUAACCGUCUUGUAUCUCAGGUGAUUUCAUCCCUCACAGCCUCAUUGAGGUUUGAUGGUGCCUUGAAUGUUGAUGUGACCGAGUUCCAGACCAAUUUGGUCCCAUAUCCUAGAAUCCACUUCAUGCUUUCAUCCUAUGCCCCAGUCAUCUCAGCUGAGAAGGCCUACCAUGAGCAGCUUUCGGUUGCUGAAAUCACUAACAGUGCUUUUGAGCCUUCAUCUAUGAUGGCCAAGUGUGAUCCUCGCCAUGGAAAAUACAUGGCUUGUUGUCUGAUGUACCGUGGUGAUGUUGUUCCCAAGGACGUUAAUGCAGCUGUUGCCACCAUCAAGACUAAGAGAACUAUCCAGUUUGUUGAUUGGUGCCCAACUGGUUUCAAGUGUGGUAUCAACUACCAGCCACCUACUGUUGUUCCAGGUGGUGACCUUGCCAAGGUCCAGAGAGCUGUUUGCAUGAUCUCCAACUCCACCAGUGUUGCUGAGGUCUUCUCUCGCAUUGACCACAAAUUUGAUCUUAUGUAUGCCAAACGUGCCUUUGUUCACUGGUAUGUCGGUGAGGGUAUGGAAGAAGGAGAAUUCUCUGAAGCUCGUGAGGAUCUUGCUGCUCUUGAGAAGGAUUACGAGGAGGUUGGUGCCGAGUCUGCUGAGGGAGACGAUGGUGAUGAGGGAGAUGAGUACUGAGCUUUAGAAGAAGUUAUAAUGAUUUACAACAAGCCUGUACUAGUUCUUUGCUGUUUUCUGUUCCUGUUUGAUGGUGAUGAAAGACUUGUAUGUUUCUUAAGUUUUCUUAAUAAUCAUGGUUAUGUGGUGUGAAAUAUUGGUAUUUGGAUGUAGUUAAUAGGAAAGUUUCUGGAAAUGAUGAAUGGCUUUUGGAAACUUGCAUUCA